CGCACAUACCUUAUCUUAACGUUAAUCGAACGUGACCAUCAGAUUGAGUAGUCAUCGGUGUAAAUUUCUAUGGCCCACGAAACGUAGCUUAUGUUCAUUGCUCUUAGGUUUACGGUGAUCCUAUUGCUGGAGUUGACUCAUAACUAUACCAUUUUUGAAAAAAAGAACACUGGUUAGUCAAUAAAUUUCAAUAUUCAGUUCUUGAGACUGAGAUAAAGACGUUUCCUCAUUCGCGUAAGUCAUAAUAUCCAAGCCCGUGGUUGCAAAUUGUAUAGAGUAUAAUUUACUGGUGCGUAGUGGCAAACGUACUAAACAUGAAGUAAAUGAAAAUAUACUUUAAGAACAAGAUUAUUAAAGAGGUGAAAUACCGGCACGCAACAGGACUAUCCAGAUAGGUCUUCGUGAUUCUGCGUUGGUUUUGUAAAAUAGUUUUAUUCAAAUUCAUUAUUCCAUUCUGUUCUAUCACCGUGUAUUCGCUUGUAAACUGUCAGCGAAAAUUCGCAAAGAAUUUAUGCUUUUGACACCGUCUAUAUCACUAGUUUCUGUAUAUAUAUCAUUUACACAUUUAGAAAAAUGUAAUUGUAUUCAUUCUGUUAUUUCUCCAACUGACUACUAUCGAUUUCUUUACCUUCUGCAUUACAGUUUUAAUGGGCGCCAGAUACUCUAAGAAGCGCCAUAAGCCUCGUAUAAGCAAAUCUCAGAUCCCAUGGCUUUUACGUGGAGCUAUAAGAAGCAAUAAUGUUGGAACACUGCAGUAUCUUUUCAGUUAUCCAAAUGGUGUGGAUCCAAGCAUGGUCAUCGAUGGUGUUUGUCCUCUUAAUCUGGCAGUUGAAUUGGGAUAUUUGCAAAUGGUCAAAAUCCUUAUCAAAGCAGGUGCAGAUAUUUACGUGGCUGACGCUCCUCGAUAUCCGCUUCAUCAAGCAAGUUUAUUUGGUCGUGCAGAUAUCGCUGAACUUCUUAUUCGGUCCGGUGCUUCUGUAUCUGCGCUCACUGAACGUCGACAGUCUUGCCUACAUUUACUAGCCCAUCAAACUGCUCAGCGGUACGUUGAUACAGCUAAAAUUCUCCUAAAAUAUCAUGCCAAUCCCAAUACAUUAGAUGAUGAUGGCCUGGCUCCACUGCAUCGAGCAUCAGUCGAAAUCGUUGAAGUCUUAGUUGCACAUGAAACCACUGACGUAAACAUCUGUAGUCGUGAUUUAGAUACACCUCUUCUAACUGCUGUAAAAGAUCGUAGAGAACUAAUUUUAAUUGCCCUUAUCCGUGCAGAUCAACAAUUUCGUGAGCAACAUCGUAAAAAUGCUAGCAAUAUUAUAAGUACAACUGUAAUUGAUAAUCAGUCUGGUGGUGGCGGUGAUGGACAUUGUCGUGUAGGUAAUAAUGCAACCGCCUUGCGUACACCAUCUUCUAAAUCAUCGAAUUCAGCUGCUUCGCGAUUCACCUUAGCCUCUGCUACAAGUACAAUACUUCGAGGUGCAAUUUCAUCAAAUGAUUGUGCAGUACCACCACGUGCAUCAUCUGCAGCUUCAGUUAAUACACACUCAGUAUUUAGUACAAAUAAUCCAAAAUCAAUUGUUAGUCGACAUAUUUUAACUUCACAACUUCUACGCUCUAAACACAAUAAAGUUUUAGAUGAUCAAGAUACUGAGCUUGAAUCGGACUCGAAUGGAAUUAAUCUGCGUUCAUGUAUUUCAAGACUAAGUGGAAAAAAUCAUACAUUUUUACAUCCUGAACCAGUUGUUAUUGAUCCUAUCGUCAAAUCAAGCUAUAGUGGUAGUUCUAAUCUAUCUCAUGUUAUCCGUAAACCAGAAAAUUGUCAACGAUGUCAUAGUGUGGGAAAUCCAAGUGAUGUUGCUCGUUGGUGGCAAAGCUGCGAUCGAGUACAACGUAUACUUGGCAAAACGACAGCAUUGUCGAAUAAUGCUACUAAUAAUCAGUCAUUACAAGCAAAUCAAAUCCCAUUCAAUCAUACUAACUGUUUACAGUCGAAUUCUGGAACACUUCGACCACGUUUAGAUGUUGAUCGACCAGAUAAGAUCGGCAUGACACCGUUAAUGAUUGCAGCUGAGGCUGGUUCAAGUGGAUUGAAUAUGGCUGUAGCAUUAGUGAAUGCUGGUUCUAGUCUAUCAUUAACUGAUAAAGUUGGUAUGACUGCAUUACAUCAUGCUUGUUAUGUUGGUUCAUUGAUUAUGGUACGUUAUUUAAUGGAACGUGUUCAACCAAUGUGUUGUAAUACAACAACAACAACAUCAACUUCUAAAACUACUAACAAUACACUCACUGGAUCAAAUGCUCGGUUAUCAUCGGCUAUAUCGUCUAAUUCACCUGGUCUAGCAUGUCCUAACAGUAAUAAUAAUAAUAAUGUUCAUUUGACAACUAUAUCAUCAUCUCCACUGCCAUUGCAACCACCACCUCCGAGUCGUCUUUCCAAUCCUGAAUUAUUAAAUGUUCAGGAUAAAUAUGGUCGAACAUUGAUUUAUUUAGCUGCUUGUCGUGGACAUAGUGAAGUUGUGAAUUACCUGUUAUGCCAUUCAGCUGAUGUGCAUAUAACAAAUAAAGAGAAUAAAUCACCAUUGUAUAUUAGUGCUUAUUUUGGUUACCUAGAGAUCGCUAAUGCACUUCUACGUCAUGGGGCUCAGGUUGAUCAAAUGGAUUCACAUAGGAAAACACCUUUAUAUGUAGCAACAUAUCAUGGACGAUCAGAAAUUGUUGAUCUUCUCUUAACAGCUGGUGCCAAUGUGAAUGCAGCUGAUAAAAAUGGUAAAACGCCAUUGUAUGUGGCAGUGCUGCACGGUCACUUAGCUUUAGCUCGUAAAUUACUAGACGCUGGUGCAUCAGUUAAUCGUGUUGAUCAUGAAGGUCUUGGACCAUUACAUAUGGCAGUAAAAUUUCCUAAAUUAGAUAUACCAAUGGUUAAAUUAUUAUUAAAUUAUGGAUGUGAUCCAGUGAAUUUAGCUAGUUUCACCCGAUGGUUAUUAGUGCAUGGAAUUAUACCGGAAGAAUGUAUUCAUGGUGAUGAUGAAUUAGCUCAAUGGUUACAUUGGGAAGAAUGUAAUGUACAUUCUUUAAAGCAUAUCUGUCGGAUAGCAAUACAAAGAGCGCUUGGUUAUACUGACUCAUUGAGAAUUAAAGCAAAUCGUUUACCUUUACCAGAAUAUCUUAUUUCCUAUGUAUCUAUGAAACAAUUAUGAAUUAUGCAAUUAUCCUAUGCAAUUGUUAACUUUUUCAGACCCUUUUUUUCUAUAUAUAUAUAUAUAUAUAUAUAUAUAUAUAUAUAUAUAUAUACGUACUGCUCAGUUUAAAUUGCAUUUACUCUCAUGGACGCUAAACUUGUAUAUGUGUUCACUAUGGCUGGUGAUUCAAAUAUCUGUUGCUAUGUAAUAUAUAUAUAAACUAUUGUAAUUUAUCUUCUCAAACAAAAACACUUAUCUGUGAUCAUAUGGUUCUUUGUUGUUCGUUUACUUUUAAUGCAUUUGUUUUUGUCUUCUCUUUUGAGUGUCGUGUGCGUGUGCGUUUCCAGAGAUUUAUUUUUCAGGUGAUAUAGUGUAUAAUAUAUAAAUCAUCUAAGCAUAUUAUAUACAUGUGUACAAACAUCAUUGCAUUUGUUUGUUUGUACUGUGAAUUUGAAUAUCUUUUCAUAAUUAUUAUUAUUUGGUUAGCAUUUAAUUAUAUAUAUAGACCUUUAAGAAGAUCAUUUUACAAAAUAUUGUUAUCGUUAUCAUUAUUAUUAUUACUAUCAACCUAACUUGGGUUUUCUAACCUUUCUUUGUGUUCAUUAUUUUCUGCAUCUUUUUACGUUUUGUUGUAUUAUGUAACGCCUAAUUCCUCUUUGUCUUCUCUCCUCUUCUUAUUUCACCAUCACUCUUCUUGUGUAUUUCUGCAUGUUUUAUCAAUUUCGAUUUUACUCUAGGCCACUCCAUUUUUGUUCUUUCUCCACUGUGUAUGUGACGUGUAGAUAGAUCAGCUUGAAUAGGGACAUCAUAACUUGUCCGAUCACUUGAAAUAUAUUUCUUUUAUCUUAAGGUGAUUAUACAAGUAUUAUUAUUAUUACCUUUUUUGUUGUUGUUGGUGGCGUGACGACAAUCUGCAUUGUAUGUUGUUGUUUUUUUUAAUUUUCACUCACUUGAAUAAUUUAUUUAACUAAAAAAUGACUUUUUUUUAAUUAUUCCCUCAGUCACCAGCAUUAUUUACUUCUGCGUGAAUUCUUGGCCUUAUUCCAUGUUGCUGUUGUUGUCGUCGUUCAAGCUCUCUUUGUUCCUGCUAUUUUGUGUAAUACUCUUUAAUUCCUUUUCAUUAUUGGCUAUUGUGAUAACAGCUGUGGUGUUCUUUUAAAAUUCAUUGUUGUUCUUAAUCCAUUCAACGGAGUUGACCCUAACUGACAUUAGUGACUUAAGGAUUGAAUUGUUGUCAGCAGAAUAGUCUCACAAUUUAGAGUAUGCAGAUGGGCAGAAACCUUCCGCGUGCGAUUCGCUCCUGCUAAAUGUAAGAUGAUGCUGUAGGAUUGGACUAUACGGACUCCUAGUUUAAAGAUAU